CACUUACACUUGGUAUUGUUUGUGAAUUGACAGCUCAGACCACUAGUUGCAUACUAAUCUUCACAAUACACUGCACUAACCAUGAUCACAGACACAUCUCAGACCGAUUCCAGUGACAAACGACUGGAAUCUGCCAAAGCAGACCCAGCGCAUUCUAUGUACCCCAUCCUUGAUACUAGAGAAUUCCACAGAAAGCUUUUAAAUUCCCACCUGUCAAUAUUCAACGCGUUGACAAACCCAGACUUGGAGCUUUACCCGAGCCACCGGUCAGAGUUCGCAUUGACCCGGCUUAACAGCCCUACGGAUUCAGCGGGGGGAGCUGCAACCAAUGGCAUUAUAACCCCUGAACUUGGUAAACCUGAAGUAGGCCACAAUUGGGGAAUGAUUGACGAGUCCUGGCAAUGCUUAA